UGUAGCCACUUCAAUUCUGCAGGGAAAGAUUUAAACUUCCCUUCCAACCUCAAAUUAUUGAUCUGAAGCAAGUCCUUUGAACCCAUGGUGAACUUGGCGCUGCUUCAGAUCAAUAAUUUGCGAUUGGAAGGGAAAUUCAAAUCUUUCCCUGCAGAACUGAAGUGGCUACAAUGGCAAGGAUGCCCUUUAGAAUUCAUGCCUUCUGAUUUUUGGCCCAGGGAACUUGCUGUCCUUGACCUUACUCACAGCAAUGUUCAGAACUUGUGGGAUCGGAAAGGCUCCAAGGUGCCAGAGAGCAUAAUGGUCAUGAACAUGUCCCACUGCUACCAACUAGAAACUCUUCCUGAUCUCUCUGGGUGUCAACGUUUAGAGAAGAUUGUUCUUGAGAACUGCUUCAACCUGAGUAGGAUUCACAAAUCAGUUGGCAGUUUGACUACACUUCGUCAUUUGAAUCUGACUCUUUGUAGAGAACUUAUUGAGUUACCCAAUGAUAUAUCUGGGCUGAAAAAUCUGGAGAGCCUCUGUCUCUCUGACUGCCGGAAGUUGAAAUCGUUACCAGAAGAAAAUAUGGCCAACUUGAAAUCACUGAGAAAACUUCUUGCUGAUCGCACGGCCUUAGUGAAGCUGCCUGAGACUAUUUUUCACCUUGAGAAGCUUGAAACUCUUAUUUUAAAUGGUUGCCAUCACUUAAAAAGGCUACCCAACAACAUAGGACUCCUGGGUUCUCUGCAAGAGCUGUCUCUCGACCAAUCUGGAUUAGAAGAACUACCCAACUCUAUCGGGCGUUUGAAAAACCUUGAAAGGCUUGGUUUGAUGCAUUGCCAAUCUCUCACUGGGAUUCCCGAUUCUAUUGGAAAUCUCAUAUCACUUUCAGAGCUUCGGCUUUUUGGUAGUGCUAUUGGAGAGAUUCCUUCUUCAAUUGGAUCGUUGUCUUAUCUAAAAGAACUCUCAGUAGGAAAUUGUAAGUUUCUGAAUAAAUUGCCUGAGUCAGUUAAGUCUUUGGUUUCCAUUGUUGAGCUUCAGCUAGACGGGGCAGCAAUCACAGAUUUACCAGAUGAGAUUGGAAAUAUGACAUUACUUAAAAAGCUUGAAAUGAGGAAUUGUCAGAUGAAAUAUCUACCUAAAUCGAUUGGCAACCUCACAGCUCUCACAACCUGGAACAUUUUCAAAGGUAACAUUGUAGAACUGCCUGACUCCAUUGGAAGGCUCGAGAAUCUAGUCCAUUUAAGGUUGGACCAAUGUAAAAUGCUCAGAAGGCUUCCACAUUCUAUAGGACAUUUGAAGUCCUUGUUUCAUCUUCGGAUGGAGGAAACGGGUCUGACAGAAUUACCUCAAAGCUUUGGCAUGCUUACCAGUUUAAGGACGUUGAAGAUGGCCAAGAAGUCCGAAAAUAACAUGCUUGAAGAUUCUUUUGUAAUCUCAUCUUUUUUGUGCAAUAUGAUAUUUCUGUGUGAUCUGGAUGCUCGUGGUUGGAGAAUAUCUGGGAAAAUUCCUGAUAAUUUUGAGAACUUGUCCUCUUUAGAGACUUUGAAUCUGAGCCAAAACAAAUUCUACAGCCUUCCUUCCAGUAUGGCAGGCCUUUCCUUUCUCAAGGAACUUCAUAUUCAAAACUGCAUUGAACUGGUGUCUCUCCCUGCACUUCCCUCAAGCUUGACGAGGCUGAAUGCUACAAACUGUUGUGCCUUACAAAGCAUUCAUGAUCUCUCAAAUUUAAAAAGUCUGAAGGAUCUGAACCUCACAAAUUGUGUACAAUUGGUGGAUAUUCCUGGCCUUGAACGCUUGGAGUCUCUGAGGUGGUUGUACUUGGGUGGAUGCCUUAAGUGCUCCUCCGCAGUCCGCAAAAGGCUUUCUAAGGUUACACUGAGGAAUUUAUUGAACUUGAGCUUGCCAGGAACAAGAUUACCCAAUUGGUUUUCGGGACAAGCUGUAAGCUUGUCGAAGCCCAAGUAUCGUAAACUAACAGGUGUAAUCAUAGGUAUCAUUCUUUCAAUCAACCAUGAUGUACCUAGUGAACUGCGAAAUGUUCUUCCUGGAUUGGUUGAUCUCAAGGUAGAUGUCUUCAAACUCGGCAAAAAUACAUGUACUUCAGGUUUGGACUUGCGUGGGUUGCCAAAAUCCAAUGAGGAACACAUAUACCUUUGCCGGUACCCGGAUUACCAUCAUCUCUUCCCUUUCAUGCGAGAUGGUGACACAUUAUGCGUGACUCGAUUAAACCCACCUGUGGAUAAGGGGUUAGAGUUGAAAAAAUGUGGGUUUCAUUUGAUCUUUGAAGGCGAUGACGAUUACGGCGGAGCUGAAGAAUCUGUGGGCAGAAACUUACAAUCCGUGUCAGAAAGAUUGGCCAGAUUUUUCGACAGUUACGAAGAAGGAGGUAGCUCCGAAAAUGGAAUUGAGAGUGAAGAUAAUGAUGAUGAGCGCCAAACGCAAUUGGAGACUCAAGAAAGGGAAGAAACAAUCUCGUCAUCGUCUAUCCUUGGCAUCUCUAAUAUCUUCUAUUUUAUUAGUGCGUUCGUUCUCUUCUUGAGCUGGCUGCUAAUAAAAUUUUUCUUCAGCUAUGAUAUAUAG